AUCUCUGCUCUCUGCUUUUGCAUUUCUGCUGUUCUGAGAUUCCAGAGAAACGCUUCCUCUCAAGAUGUUCUCAGCACCAGGUCUGAGUCAUAAUCUUCAUCAUCAUCAUCACCACCAUCCGCGGCAACAGAAGUUUUCCUGAGCACCCUCCUUCUGCGUGAGUGUGUUAUGGCCUCUGUGAUGGACGAUUCCUACCGUAAGGUGCUGUUGCUAGGGGCCAUCGCCGCGGCGUCAGCCUUCGUGGUCACCAUCGUCAUCGUGGUGGUUUGUGUGGGCUGCCAGAGGAAAAACAAGACCAAGCAUCCUCCGGCCAAUGGAGAGAAGGGCACCUCAGGAGACAUGGGUGCUCUCCGUCAGCCCAAGAACAGCUCCAUGAGUAAAUCUGACACUAGGCUGCAUGAGAUCAACCGCCUGCCCCGCAACGGCAACAGUGGGUGUAAGAACCGUCCAGCCAGUAUGGACCUUCUCCUCCUCCACAGCCGUCGCUCCACCUCUGACCUCCGCCCCCCACUUGUCCGCCAGCUCCCCCUGAUCCCCACCAGCCCCGAGGGGGAGGGAGACCCAGUGGGGGGAGAUAUCCAGGGGGAAGGAGGAGAGGGGGUCAGAGACCACACCUACACUGAGGUGGGGAUCCGGAACUCACCCGUCCGUUGCUUUGACGACGGGCUGUACGAGAGUGUAGGGGUCAGAGAGGUGGACACGGUGCCACCCGUUCCCCCGUCCACAUCAGCCAACGGGACUUGCACCGAUGGUGUCCGCAAUGGGAACGGAAACAGGAAUGGGAAUGGGAAUGGCAGAGGAGCUGUUAAUGGGAGUAGCAGAGGAGGAGGGAAUGGGCCCAGCAGUGCUAACGGAUCGGCCCUGCCCUCCCUCCCCUCCAUGGCCCCCCAGGUCCCCGUAACGGCAGAGUACGCCUCCAUACGGAAGGUCAAGAAGGUGGACAAGGCAACCAAGAAGGAGAAUGGGAACGCAGAGUCAGAUGACCAAUCAAGUCUCCAAUCAAGUGUGGGAGAGUCACCCUCUGCCCCGCCCCCUCCACUGCCCCGCAGCCAGGAGUUUCCACGGAAACAGCUGGAUCCAUUCCACCUGCACAUCUUCCCUAAGGAGGCGGUGUUCAUGGGAAACGGGGAGCAGUACAUCUGGAAGCCCCCUGAGGACAAUGGCAUUGUCACCUUGCACCCAGCGCCUACACCCCCGGGGGAGAACGGACAAGGAUACAUACCCACAGCCUUGGAGAUCGCUGACACCUACUCCACCGUGUGUAAAACCCAGAAGAAGGAACCUCCCCCGGACAACAAUGGAGCCAAGACGCUCCCCCGCAACCACUGCUCUGUGGAGGAGAAUGGAGGAGGUGGGAGAGGAGGAGCAGGCGGGAAUGGAGGAGGGAAUGGGGCGUGGGGCGGUCCCGGGGGAGGGGUGAGGGGUCGCGGCCAGGGGGUUCAGGGUGGCCAGGCCCGAUCCCACGAGGAGCCCUGCUACGCGCCAGUCGGCGACAGGUCCUGGCCCGCCUGUGUGGUAGCCAAGUCUGACCCGGCGUACGCCACUAUAGAUUCCCACCGGAAACGUGAGCAGGCAGGAACCAAUUUCAGUACACUGGGGUCAAACGCUACACUGAAGCCCAGGAAGAAGCCUCCUCAGCAUGGAGCGUCGUCUCCAGGGGCCCCGGGCCCCCAGGGACCUCCAGCAGGCCCCCCGGCCCCUCUAACCAGGGCCCUGCCUGGGGGGGAUAACUUUUAUGAGAACAUCAGUGAUGUGAAACAUGGGGCCAACAGCGCCAGCACCACCACCAUCUUCACUUUCAACGACGGGAUGGAGAUGUACGUCACUGGCCUAUAG